CCCCCUCCAAACCUGUCCGCUUCGGCUGGGUGAAGGGCGUGAUGAUCCGCUGCAUGCUUAACAUCUGGGGAGUGAUCCUGUUCCUUCGGCUAUCCUGGAUCACCUCGCAAGCUGGAAUCCUUCUCACCUGGGUUAUCAUCCUGAUGUCUGUUGUCGUGACGUCCAUCACCGCACUUUCCGUCUCGGCCAUCUCCACCAAUGGGAAGGUUACAUCUGGGGGCACCUACUUCAUGAUCUCCAGGACUCUGGGCCCAGAAAUCGGGGGCCCGAUCGGGCUGGUGUUCGCCUUCGCCAAUGCGCUGGCCUGCGCCAUGAACACUGUGGGCUUUGCGGAGACCGUCAGGGACCUGCUGGUUGAAUAUGACGCCAUCAUGGUGGACAACAUCAACGAUGUGCGCAUCAUUGGAGUCAUCACAAUCACUGUGCUCCUGUGCAUCUCGCUGGCAGGCAUGGAAUGGGAGGCCAAGACUCAAGUUAUUUUCUUCCUGGUGCUGAUGGUAUCUUUCACCAACUACCUGGUGGGAACCCUGAUUCCGCCCACUAAGGAGAAGCAGGCAAUGGGAUUCUUCAGCUACAAAUCUAGCAUUUUUUUGGAUAACCUGUUACCAGACUGGAGAGGGGAGGAAGGGACCUUCUUCCAAAUGUUUGCAAUCUUUUUCCCUUCGGCUAUUGGCAUUCUGUCAGGAGCCAACAUCUCUGGAGACCUGAAGAAUCCAGAAGAGGCCAUUCCGAAAGGGACUCUGAUGGCUAUAUUCUGGACAACUUUGUCCUACCUGGUCAUCUCAGCCACCGUCGGCUCGUGUGUGGUACGGGAUGCCUCAGGGAACCUGAAUGAUACCAUCUCUGGAAACGUCACUGGGGAUUGUGUGGGGCUGGCCUGCCAAUACGGCUGGAACUUCACAGCCUGCGAGCUCUCGAACUGCCAGUUCGGCCUGGCAAACAACUACCAGGUUCUCAGUUUGGUGUCCGGGUUUGGUCCCUUGAUCACUGCGGGGAUCUUUGCUGCCAGUCUGUCCUCAGCCCUUGCCUUCCUGGUUUCUGCACCCAAGGUGUUCCAGUGUCUCUGCAGGGACAACAUAUACCCCCUGAUCAGUUUCUUUGCCAAGGGCUAUGGGAAAAAUGAUGAGCCCUACCGGGGCUACAUCCUGACCUUCUUCAUCUCGGUGGCCUUUAUUCUCAUUGCCCAAUUGAAUGUCAUCGCUCCCAUCAUCUCCAACUUCUUCCUGUGCUCCUACGCCCUGAUCAACUUCAGCUGCUUUCACGCCUCUGUCACCAACUCCCCCGGUUGGAGGCCUUCAUUCCGCUACUACAACUGCUGGACAGCCCUGUUCGGAGCCGUGGUCUCUGUGGUGCUGAUGUUCCUGCUGACCUGGUGGGCCGCCAUCAUCACAUUCAGCAUCAUCAUCUUCCUCCUGGGCUACGUGGCGUACCGAAAGCCAGAGGUGAACUGGGGGUCCUCCCUGCAGGCUGGCACCUACAACAUGGCCCUGUCCUACUCUGUGUCCCUGACAGCUGUGGAGGACCAUGUGAAGAACUUCAGACCCCAGUGUCUCGUGCUGACUGGUCCUCCCAGCCUCCGUCCUGCGCUGGUGGACUUCGUGGGUUCUUUCACCAAGAACAUCAGUCUGAUGAUCUGUGGAGACAUCAUCAUGGAUGAGAAAUCCUCCCCACAGCAGUCCAACGCAAGUGCCUUGGUGAAGUGGCUGAACAAGAGGAAGAUCCGGGCUUUCUACACCCCCAUCAAUGGGAAGAGCCUGCGAGACGGGGCCAGGAAUCUCAUGCAGGCAACUGGCCUGGGCAAGCUCAAACCCAAUACCCUGUUCAUGGGCUUCAAGACCAAUUGGAAGGAGGACUCCCCCUACAGCCUGGAGGACUACAUAGCAACUAUAUAUGAUGCCUUUGACUCCAACUUCGGUGUGUGCCUGCUCAGAAUGACGGACGGCCUGGAUGUGUCUGAGGAGCUGCUCUCUGGGGUGAACCCCGCUUUUGAACCAGAGGAUAACGGGGAGUCUCGACGGAAUGAGAAAGAUCAGGAUUCAGAUGUUAACAAUUCCAACAUAGCCGAGAGCGAGCAGAUGUCCACAGUGUUCCAGAAGAAACAGGGGAAGCAGACCAUUGAUGUCUACUGGAUAUCUGAUGAUGGAGGACUGACCCUCCUGAUCCCCUACCUGCUGACCCGGAGGAAGCGCUGGCGGCAGAGCAAAGUCAGAGUUUUCAUUGUGGGGAACAAGGAGUCCCUGGAGGAGGACCGCAAAGAGAUGCUGUCCCUGCUCAGCAAGUUCCGCCUGGACUUCCACGAUGUCAUCGUGAUGACAGACAGCGAGCAGGCCCCCAAACCCAAAAGCAUGCAGCGGUUCGAAGGGGCUGUCGCCCCCUUCAGGCUGCACGAUGGCCUGCAGCAGGAGCAGGCGGCGCAGGAGCUGAAGAAGCAGUGUCCGUGGAAGAUCUCAGACAGGGAGAUGGACAUCCUCAGACAGAAGUCGGAGCGAAAGGUGCGAUUGAAUGAGAUCAUCCGGUUCAACUCCAAAGAUGCAGCCCUGAUCUUAGUGAGCAUGCCUGUGCCCAAGAUCGCCACCUGUCCCAGUGCCCUCUACAUGGCCUGGUUGGACACUCUGACCUAUGACCUGCGAUGCCCAGCCUUGCUGAUUCGUGGAAACCAGCAGAAUGUGCUCACCUUCUACUGCCAGUGAGAGGAGAGAUGGCGAUGGAGUGUGGGCCAUCGGAACUCGGACUGGGCAACUGCGUGCCAAGCAGCUGAGUCACAAAGAGAUCCCGUUCUUACCAGUUCUUUUGAUCUCACGGGCCUGCGAGCAAUGCCACAGUCUGAUAAAGGCAAUGCGAUCUGAACUGGAAGGGCUAAACUUGUCCUGUCUGAGUCAAAUAUCCAAGUUUUCCUUGAACAGCUCCUUAAAAUCUUAGAAGCCCAAAGAACAUUAUCCAUAUUGCCCAAUUGGGCUAAUGCUACAACAGCAGAUGUAGGGAUGCCUGAUUUAUCUGGGAGUAUUAUAGAUUAUAGAGAACAACCAUAAAUCAGGCAGAGAUUUCAAAGCAUCUUUAGACUAUAAUAAAUUCAGCCUAAAAAUGCCCUGUUAUCUGACCUAAUAGCUGUGCUGUCUAGUAUAGUUCAAUCUUCCUGUGUCUUAGCAAGUGGUUUUUAUUAUCAAUGUUAUUAUCAACAUAAGCUACUGGUCCCAAUAUGUAUUGGUUGCCUCUCAGUAUGAUAUCAUUAAUGCUUGUAUUUAUGUAAAGAUCAAUAAAACAUUUAUGUGCAAAACAUUUUACCUAAUUGCAAAAAUUUUCCCUAAUAGUCGAGAAGAAUCAUAUAAUAUUUCAGAAUGAUGGUUUGAUGGAACAAACCACAAGUUAUGCUAAUCUUCCAGGAUGUAAAUAUGU